GCUUCCCACAAGCAGCACAAGGACCGCAAUUUAAAAAUGACACUUUGGAGAGAGGUAGCGGCCUCCGUUCUGCCAAAUGUCAACGGCGAAGGUAAGCACGAGAUUUUGCAGCUUGUUGUCAGCUUUGCACGUAAAUAAUCGUGUACUAAUCAGUCUUACUUUUAUCUGCGCAGUGGCCCUGGAGUUAAUCCAAAAACGUUGGAAAUCGCUGCGUGACAAAUUCCGACGAAUUUUCAAUGGCCGCAUACUGUCACAGAAGAGCGGCGCUGGCGCCGACGACGUCGAGUCUGUCGACACGGCCUGGCCGUAUUUUCAGUUGCUUCUCUUUUUAAGGGACACAAUGGUGACAAGGCCCACUUCAGGCAAUUAUGCACUGCCCGAGAGCCCGAGGUCGGAGCAGCUGAACGAGCCACUGGAUGAUAGCCAGCAACAAAGCAGCAGUGCUUCAUCAAUUUUAAUGGGCAUUGCCCAAUUUCAAGACCAAGAUCUUGAAGCACGGUCCGAUAUCUCGGAUAUCUCUGGCUUGGCGUCAGCAUCGCAGGUGUCGUCACCAGCCUCGACGUCAACCCUGACACCAGCCUCGACGUCGUCUACGACACCAGCCUCGACGUCGUCUACGACACCAGCCUCGACGUCGUCUACGACAGCUGCCUCGACGUCAAAAGCGCCAGCAGCGGCUGCGCUAAGUAUUUGGGAACCUGCGGCAAGCAGUCGAGCACUAAAAGAAAGAAAGAGAAGGACAAGUCAAGAAGUCAUGGUGACGGAAAUGGGACAGUUGUCGAAAACAUUGCAGGCCUGCCCAUUGGAAGAUGAAUAUUAUCACAUGGCUCUGAACAUUGGAAAAUUUUUGAAGAAAGUGCCGGAGGAGAGGCAGCUGGAUUUCCAAAUUGAGCUAUUCCAACUAAUAAAGAAGUAUUCAGAGUGAUCAAGGGUGUGCUGCACUUUUCUUACCCGUAAGUGUUUUAUGCCGGGCUUCACUAAGAAUUCUCGCUUCUGCGAGCAUCACAGAAAUGACGUCAUGAAAAGAGCAGGCCAGUGUUUAGCACCACGCGAGAUGGCACCAUUUUCCCAUUCUCUGAGCUUUGUGCUCCAACAGUCUGCGGCAACAAGGCAGUUUCGC